UCAAGCAAUCCCAGUAAAACUCCAAGGGAGAUUCCCAAAUGGUUGAAAGGAAAGCUGCUGAGGAAUGGGCCAGGAAAAUUCGAAUUGGACCAGAUAAGUACGACCACUGGUUUGAUGGCAUGGGCACUCAUGCAUAAGUUUGAAAUUGAAGAUGGGGUGGUGAAAUACAGCAGCAAGUUUCUCCGGAGUGAUAGUUACCUGACCAACAGCAAGAACAAUCGAAUCAUGCUCUCUGAAUUUGGCACCUUGGCUAUGCCAGAUCCUUGCAAGAACAUUUUUGAGCGCUUCAUGUCAAAGUUUGAGUUGCCAAAAGAGACAGACAACUGUGUUGUGAAUUUUGUGAUCAUCAAAGGUGACUAUUUUGUCAGCACGGAGAGCAGUCAAAUGCACAAGGUGGAUCUGGACACACUUGAAUCAAAGGAGAAGGUGAACUGGAAAAAGUAUGUUGCAGUGAAUGGAGCCACAGCCCACCCACACUAUGAUCCAGAUGGUACAGUCUACAACAUGGGCAACUCUUAUGGGACGCAUGGCUCCAACUAUAACAUCAUCCGUGUUCCUCCUCAGAAGUCUCAGCCUAGUGACUCCAGCCUGCAAGGCGCGGAGGUCUUGUGCACCAUUCAACCCGAGAACAGAAUGAAGCCAGCCUAUUAUCACAGUUUUGGAAUGAGUGAAAACUACCAUUUUAUUGAGCAACCUUCCCUUAUAAAGUUGCGGGAGAUCAUUACAGCCAAUUUGUCUGGGAAUCCAUUGGAUGCACUGAGUUGGGAGCCUCAGCUAAACUCCCGCUUUCAUGUUGUGAACAAGCACACGGGGCAGAUCUUACCCUUGCAGUAUCAUAGCAAGGCCUUCAGCUUUUUCCACCAAAUCAACGCCUUUGAGGACCAGGGGUGCAUCGUCCUGGAUCUCUGCUGCUUCGAUGAUGGGAAAAUUUUUGACAUUUACCGACUGCAGAACCUCCACAAGGCUGGAGAAGCCCUUGACCAGACCUACAACAUGCUCUCGAAGCCAUUUCCACGGCGUUUUGUUCUUCCCAUGAUGGUGAGCUCCAAGGCAUCUGUGGGGCAGAAUGUUAACCCUUUGUCCUACACGUUGGCAGAAGCUGUGAAGGAGGCGGAUGGGAAGAUCUGGUGCACACCUGAAAGUCUACACAAGGAGGACCUCAAAGAAGCAGGAGGAGUGGAAUUCCCUCACAUCAACUAUGCACAUUACUCUGGGAAAAAAUAUCGUUAUUUCUACGGCUGCGGCCUCGGUCAUGUCAUUGGAGACUCCUUGAUCAAGGUUGAUACAGAAACCAAGGAGAUGAAGAUUUGGCGUGAGAAAGGGAUGUAUCCUUCUGAGCCCAUAUUUGUGCCAGAACCUGGUUCUUUAGGGGCAGAAGACAAGGGAGUGAUCCUCUCAGUGGUGCUCACCCCCAAGCAGAAUGAAGGCAGCUUCCUUCUUGUUCUGGAUGCGGAGAAUUUCACUGAACUGGGCCGCACCGAAAUCCCCGUCAAGCUCCCCUAUGGCUUCCAUGGGAGCUUUGUCCCCAACAAAAAUGCCACCUGUUGAGACAACA